AUGACGUUCAUUCUUAAACGGAAACGCUUCAAGUUUCAAGUGGAUUUCAUGCUGGCGGACAUGAGCAACGUUCCUUUUGUCAACGCCGUUCUCUUCUCGAAGGUCCGUCUGCUGGACGGUGGCACGUUCUGCGACUACUCCUCGCAUGUCGACGUGGACAGUGCGCUUGCAUGCCUUCUAUUCGAAGCAUUAGCCGUGCUGUUCAUAGGCGGCACCGUCGGAUUCGUGAUGGUUAGCAGCGCCCGCGGCUUGUGCGCCUUCGACGAUAUUCGAAACGCGAGAAAUGAACACUACACCAACGUCAGUGCCUUGAUGUUGCCGCAAGGUAGUUGUUCUCUUCUGUGGUUCUUGACCGUCUUUCAGAUUCUGUUUCUUGGCAACUACUUGUGCACCGUGGACCAUCACAACAGUUCACUAUGUUAA